AUUCGGUCUUUGUCUCCUCUCUUCAACUUGCAUCAACAAUCUGUUUUGUAUUGAGGCCAAGUCUGCUCUCAAAAAUCCGAAUUUUCGUUACAGACACAGUAAGGACAAGAUCUAUCAUACUUUCAUACUAUCAAUCAAGAUGUCAGAACUUCCAGUUCGCAUUCAUCAAAAAGGCAAACCAUGGCCAAGAUAUUUCCUCGUCCGUACUACCGGCGAAGUGGUCCCGCUCGUUGCAGUGGACGAACUGCCUCCCAACAUUGAACUUGUCGGCGUUCCACGCUCUCUUGACUUGGAAGAAACAAUUGGCAUGCUCAACCUCGGACUCCAAAGAAGCAACGGUGGCUUCUACCAGAUUCUUCCGGAACACGACGGCAAGACUAAGACCAAUGAAGCAAUUGGUAAAGCCGACAAACGUUCUGACAUUUCAAGUCAACCCUCGCCUCCACCAAAAUCACCCCAAGGCUUCACCACUACAGCCAGCUCUCACUCUCCAAAGGCUACACCCACUGCUCCCUCUCGCCCAACGGCCAGCUUCACAUCCUCACAAGCAGCAACCCAACUCUGCCGUCACUGGUGCGCACACGGCAUCUGUAAAUGGGGCCAACAGUGUCGUUACCGCCAUAUUAUGCCCAUGACUGUCCACGGCCUGCAAGAGGUUGGCUUAUCCGACUGGCCAAUCUGGUUUAGAAAGGAGAAUCCGGGCUUCUUCGUCAGUGAUGCGAGAGGUGGGGGGGUACCCGGUCGCAUUGGGAGAUCUAGGCGGGUUCUUGGAGGUGGUGCGGGAGGAGUGGGUGCGUGUUGUGGUUCGUUGCGGCCUGUGAAUGGCGUAAUAAGUGAGAGGUUGAGGCGAGGUGGCAGAGUUACUGUCAGGGAGAGAGACAGCGGUAGGGUUUUGAAGAGCGAGGAGUUAGGAGAGCAGAUCAUUGCUCGGCUGAGGGGGAUGUCGAAGGAGGGGAAGGUGGUUGGCGAGAAAGCUGUGGUUGGUCACGGUGGAACUGCUAAAAUUGAGAGAGCUGCCGCAAGAGAUACGAAGAACUGGGAGGAUGAGAGUGAAGAGGAUGGCGAGACUGAUGGCGAAGAGGAGGCUAAGCCAGCGGUCCAUCGAAAGCUAGUGGAUGUUUAG